CAGAUAAAGCCCCUCCCUUCUCCCUUUAUAGUUUCGAUUCCCUGAUUCUGUUUACUGAGAGAACUUGCUUGGCUGCUUUUAUUCACUCUCUGUGUGUAGGAGAAAGAAGUCCAACUAUUAUUCUAUUUGCUUUUGCUUAUAGAGCUUACUGAUACGCUUUAGCAACAGCCCAAUACAAAUGUAAGCUUUAGGUUACUACUGUAACAGUUUAAUGUAAGUAUUAAGGGCAGAGGGGCAUUGGUUUUAUGAGAUUAUUACCCCUGGAAAACCUGACUCUCAUCAGAGACAACAUGCUGAAACUCACUCAACUUGUCUUUGUUACAUCAACAUUAUUCCUGGGAGCCCGCGGAGGAGGAGGAGGAGACGUCCCUCUCCCAGUGAUUGGCCGUGUAGGGGAGACUGUCACACUGCUGUGCCCUCUGAAUCUGACAGAUCCCAUUGAUACAGUAACAUGGGGAUUUCAUUGCAAUGGGGAAAUAUUACGCCUGGCUGAAUUCAGAGACCAGAAGUUUAUCAGAGAGAAUAAGAAUUAUUUCCCCAACCGGCUGGAAGGGUCUAACAGUGGCACCGCAUUACUGAUCAGGGAGCUGAGAAUGGAGGAUUCUGGGAUCUUCACUGCAGAAUUUGUUGUUAAUAAAGAAAUGAGAGACAUUUCUUAUAAUCUCAAAGUGUUAGGAGGAGGAGACAUCCCUCUCCCAGUGACUGGCCGUGUAGGGGAGACUGUCUCACUGCCGUGCCCUCUGACUCUGCCUGAUCCCAUUGAUAGAGUUACAUGGGUGUUGCAUCAUGUCAAUGGGAAACAAAUAAUCCUGGCUGAAUUCAGAGACCAGAAGUUUAUCAGAGCGAAUAAGAAUUAUUUCCCCAACCGGCUGGAAGGGUCUAACAGUGGCACCGCAUUACUGAUCAGGGAGCUGAGAAUGGAGGAUUCUGGGAUCUUCACUGCACAGAUUCUUGUUAAUGAAGAAAUUAUAAGCACUGAUUAUUAUCUCACAGUGUUGGAGCCUCUCCCCAUCCCAACCCCAGUAAUAGAGAAGACAUUAGAUGGGAAUUCCACUGAUCUCUGCCAUCUUCAUUGUUCUGUCCCAUCAAACUCACCAACCCUGUCCUACAGUUGGACCUACAGAGAUACUGGCACUGACAGACUAUAUGCCAAUGGCAGCACAAUCACUGUAUCACUGAAGGAUAAGGCAUUGGGGGCAGAAUUUACCUGCUGGGUACAGAAUCCUGCUCACAGGAACAGCACAUCUGUCCCUUUAUAUCCAUGUAGGGAGGCAAAGAAUGGAGCACCUAGAAGAGAUUAUCUUCAGCCCUUAAUAAUUGCCAUGAGUUUGCUCUGUGUUAUACUUGUCUGCAUCAUUAUAGCUGUAUAUAAAGCUGAAUGUUGCAGAAGAAAACAAAUAAUGCAGGAUAUAAAAGAAGAUAUUAUAUACAGGGACAUUUUAUGGCCUGUCUCAAAUAUUGAUCCGGGCGUGAGUAAGCUAAAUAUAAGCAGUAACCGUACCAUGGAAUGUAAGACAAAAACAGGAGACACAGUAUAUGCUGAACUUUUAAAGAAUAAAGGAAUGACCAAGGAGGAACAGUAGCUUAUUGACUGCAACUGAGAGAUCAUUUCCUAUACAAAGACUCCCUAUCCCUAGAAAGUAGCAAAAAUCAGUGUCUAACCAGAUCAAUGUCCAACGGCAGUGACUGCAGAUUAUCUACUCCAUGGAAUUCUCUACUGCUGGGUGUGAUGUGCUGCAGGGAUGUCGGAUUAUAGCUGCCUAUCAGGGGCUACAUACUGGGGAGAACUACUGGGGCUCAGGCUCACAAUUAUAUCAGUCACCAUACAUUAAUAUGUGUAACUCACAUUCUGUGUUCUGUAAAUAGGCCAGCAGAGAACUGGCAACCGCUGCCUUCUGCCACUUCUGUCUGUGUGCGCUGAUAUAUACACUGGGGCAGGGGCUGGUGUAAAUGAUUUAUUAUCUCUGUGCUGUGGGAAUGUGUUGGCACUAUAUAAAUAACAGGAAAUAAAUAGGAUCUACUCUGCACACAGAGUGGAUUCCAGAGCAGAAAUACAUUGUAACAUAGCUAGAGUGGAUCCUAUAGAUCCUAUCCUAUGGAUCCUAUAGAUCCUAUUUAUGUAACAUAGUUACUAUGUUACUAUGUAUUUUUGCUCUGGAAUCCACUUUAUGUAGAUCCUAUUUACAGCGCCGGAUUUAAAAUUGGGGCGCCCCGAGGCCGCCCCGCUCAGCCGCCCCCCCCCCCCCCGCGCAUGGGUGUUUGCAACUAACUAUUUAACUGAUAUUUGUCGAUGGUUUUCUAUUCUCUGCACUGCUGCUUCUGAUGUAAUAAAUACUGUAGCACAUAGUUCCUAAUCAACAGACCUUCUUAUCUGAUAGAAAUGAUUAAGGUAUAAAAUAUUUAUACAUAUAUAUUGAUAAAUAUAUAAAUAUAUAUAAAUAUUGGUCCAAGAUCAUGGAAACUUUCAUAUAAAACCAGGCCUGUACUUAGUUACAUAUAUGUACAUCAUGCAAGAAAUAGAGGAAGACCUAGGGACAGAUGGUAGGGAAGUUUCUGUAAAACAAAGGAAGAGGGGACCAAGGAAACAAUGGUGGGAAAAAAAGUCCUUAACAGUUAUGGUCUGUUGUAAUAAGGCCUUUGUAUGGGAAUGACCGUAUGGUAUUUUGGAGAACCAGAUGAAAUAACAUAAUGAAGAUAAGGGAUGUACACACAAUAGGGUUCUCAGGACCUGAGUUAGGGGCCCCAAUGGCUGAAAAAACUAAAGGAAAUUAGGUAGAGUCUUGGGAAUUUAUGGGCCCCUACAUCUGUUAAAGAUGUUUUAUGCAUACAUUUUACCCCCGAAUCUAUAAUGUGUUUCUUAUAUACUUUGUAUUAUAUGUUUUAAGACUAUUUAGCUUUAUAUUGUUAAUUAAUUAUUGGAUAUAUGUUUCUUUAAAUUAUUUCAAUAAUAUUGUAAAGUUUGGGAUAUUUAACCCUUUCACUGCCAGCCAAUUUGCCCUAAAAGCGAACAUCUACUGCCAAGCAAUUUUGAGACAUUUUGCACUCAUUACAUUUGCUUAAGUUUUUUGACAAGAAAGCCUACAUGAAAUAAGGCAAAUUAUAUAUCGUUUUUUCCGGAGCGAAUUGGACUUUAACACUGUAAAAAAAAAAUCAAUUUUUCAAGAGAUGUAACAAAAAUUUUGAGUGAAAUAUGUAAAAAAAAAAAUAAAGAAAGAA